UAUCCACGGGUAAGGACCAUCCUUUGGCCCGUGGAUCCCAGCUAGUCACCGUGACUAGAGGCUCUGGAAAACGACUCUUGUCACUGGCAGGUGUGGAAGAUCAUGUGUUGGUCAAUGUCCUCGGAGACCGCCUUGCUCUCUAUAGUGGGGUGGGUCCGGAUCACGGAGCCCUCCAGGAUGACCAACUACUGGUCGCUGCAUGUGUGGAAUUGGCAUGAAGGUGGUCAAGCUGAUGACAUACAUGUGGUCGGCGAAGGUUGUCGCUUUCUCGAAAUCUUCUUCCUUACCAAGGAGAAGCUUCUAGCUCUCACAACGCGCGGCCAUAUAGAGCUUUACGACGUCGAGGACCUGUCAAAAGCACCGCAGCUUCAGGCAAGAUUUGCGCUGCCCUUCUAUACACCCCACUUCGCCUUUCGAUAUCCUUCGGUUUUCCACAGUGCCUCAAGUUGCGCACAUCUCGUGGCACCAGAUGAACGUUGGAUUUGGACGACAAACCCCGCAGACCGAGUCAUGUGCAUGUCUGAUUAUUCCAGCGGUGGUUCGAUUGGUUCGAUUUUUGUCAUAACUGCUGGCGUCUUUUUUAUGAAUAUUCCUCCAUCAUGGUUCGAUACGACAUCAGAAGAUAGUUUGACUGUUCCGUGGUUGUCGUGGGGUCCACAGAAUAGCUGCUGCUUUCGAGGCACGGAUAUAUUUGGAGUGGGAGGGUCUCGUGUUAUAUGGGUUGAUCAUUCCAAGUAUCCUGACACCCACUCGUUGGUGCAUAUGAUGGAUUUCAAUCCCUCCGCUGUGGCGCGUGGCAUCGGCAAGGUAGUCCGGGAACGUACGACAUACCCCCGACGCACACUACACCACGAACAGUAUGUGCCAGUGACAACCUACCUCCCUUACGUAGAGGUAGUUGGGGAAGUCAUGAUUGAUCCGUGCGCGACUUUUUCUGUCCUCCUAGACGAGGAAGUGGUGUCGAUUUUCACCGUAUGUUGGUGUAACAAUGUAUGUGUAUUUCCGCCUGACAAGCCAAUGAAGUUGACUGUUUUGUUUCUACCUCAAUCGGAGCAGUUUGAGGAGACAGUAGCCGACAUCAUCAGUUUAUAGUCUACACGUGAAGACCUUCGGUCAGUAUAGAUGGGAUUAGUUCUACGAAUCAUAAUAACAAUUCUUUCUAUACAAUGCCAUGUUGGCGAAAUGGACGGA